AUGUCGAUCACACAUUGUUAUAUUGUCCCGGGCGAUACCUGCAUGAGCGGCGGGCUCUGCUCUUACACGCAUUCCCUCAAAGGAGGCAGUGGGUGGUAUGCCUCGGGCUGCACCGACUCGACCUUCGACGACCCACAUUGUACGGGCCGAUGUUUGGACAAUGGUGCAAAUGGCAAGCCCGACGUGGUUCAGGUUUCCGCAUCGCUGUGGGCUUGCUGCACCCUCACAGAUGGCGAGCGCAACUGCAUGGACCCCUCAGAUGAGACUUUCAGCUUGGCAGCGUCUUCAGAACUGUCGAGCUACUUCUCCAUCCCAGCGACAGGUUAUGUGUAUACGUCCGUCUCGGUCUCGAGCUCAAUUACCGUGUCAAGCCCUACGUCAAGCACCUCGAUACACACUGUGUCUACGGCACCCCCAACGGCUAGCAAGACCCCGACGUCCGAAGGUCUCAAUAAUACUGGUAGAAGAAUUUCAACGGCCACAGCAGUUGGAAUGGGCAUAGGGAUAAGCGCUGCGAUCUUCCUCGUUGCAGCUCUGUGGUUUGGUCUUCGCAGAAGACACAGAACGGCCGAAGCGCAGCGCCCAGAACUUGACCCUAACAUUUUCCCUGAAGGCUCCAGUCCCAAAGCAUUCUCAGCGCAAGUAAUGAUGAUCGAUCAGCUCAAGUCGCCGCCACCCAAGCCCCCUUCCAUAAGCUGA